UGGUGGCCGCAUCUCCUUUCCUUUGCAUGACGAGUUGACAACAAAGCUCGUCGUGUUUGCGGCAUGGGUUGUUGAUCUUUGAAAAAUCAAGCAAAAUUUUACCUUUUGUGGACCUACUGUAGCUGUUUUUAUGCUGAAAUCAUUAUCAAUUGGAGACAUAAAAUUAAUUAAGUUUAUUUAGCCUAAAAAAUGGCAGAUUUGGACGAACUUUUCAGUGUCUUUGAUGAAGAUGCCGAAACCACCGGCGCUAAGUCUACGGACGUCGUUCCGCACCUGGAUAAUGCACACAAAAGAAAUCUGGGGGAUGAAGGAAGUAGUAGUGGACUUGAUUUUCAAGGCCUGAAGAAGUUAAAAACUGAUGGUGAAGGUGCCGACAUCGAGGACACAAAAUGGGCAGAUAUGAUACCUCGAAUGAAGGUUCACUCUGUGGAAACCAUUGAGGCUUGCACACACGAAGUUGCUGUUCCUCCGAACAUGGAGUAUGAGCCUCUGAAGCCUCCCAUUGGAAAGCCUGUGCGAGAAUACCCGUUUGCAUUAGAUCCGUUCCAAAAAGAGGCCAUCCUAUGUCUAGACAAUGACCAAUCCGUUCUUGUUUCUGCCCACACUUCGGCUGGAAAGACUGUUGUCGCCGAAUAUAGCAUUGCCAAAUCUUUACAAAACAACCAGAGAGUAAUCUACACCACGCCAAUCAAGGCACUCAGUAACCAAAAGUACCGAGAGUUUCAUGAAGAGUUCAAAGAUGUCGGUCUCAUCACAGGAGAUGUAACAAUCAACCCCACGGCUAGUUGCCUCAUCAUGACCACUGAAAUUCUUCGGAGUAUGUUGUAUAGAGGUUCAGAAGUGUCAAGAGAAGUCGGCUGGGUUAUUUUUGACGAGAUCCACUACAUGAGAGACAAAGAAAGAGGGGUCGUUUGGGAAGAAACUCUGAUUCUUCUUGCGGACAACGUCAGAUUUGUAUUUUUGUCUGCAACUAUCCCAAAUGCCAGGCAGUUUGCUGAGUGGGUGGCCUACCUGCACAAACAGCCCUGUCACGUUGUCUACACAGAUUACCGCCCGACUCCUCUUCAGCACUUCAUUUAUCCCGCUGGAGGAGACGGAAUUCAUCUAGUUGUCAGCGAAAAUGGUCAAUUUCGAGACGACAAUUUCAACUCGGCCAUGGUUGUUCUUCAAAAUACUGGUGAAGCCUCCAAAGGUGAUAGAAACAUGAAAGGUCGCAAGGGUGGUCCUCAGGGUGAGACAAACUGCUUCAGGCUGGUCAAAAUGAUCAUGGAAAGAAGCUACGCUCCUGUAAUUGUAUUCAGCUUCAGCAAAAAGGAGUGCGAGGCAUAUGCUUUGCAAAUGUCCAGAUUAGAUUUUAAUACGGUUGACGAAAAACUUGCUGUCGAUGAGGUUUUCAAUAAUGCAAUGGACGUCCUCUCGGAAGAAGACAAGAAUUUGCCGCAGGUGCAGAAUGUGCUACCCUUGCUUCGAAGAGGCAUCGGCAUUCAUCACGGAGGUCUCCUGCCUAUUCUUAAAGAGUGCAUUGAGAUUUUGUUUUCCAUUGGACUCAUCAAAGCUCUUUUUGCCACUGAAACUUUUGCAAUGGGCCUAAACAUGCCUGCCAGGACUGUCUUGUUCAGCGGACUUAGGAAAUUUGACGGUCGAGACAUGCGGUUCAUUACCUCUGGUGAAUAUAUUCAAAUGUCUGGAAGAGCUGGGCGCCGUGGUCUUGACGAAAAAGGUAUCGUCAUUCUCAUCAUGGAUGAAAAAGUUAGCCCGGCUGAGGCCAAGGAAAUUCUUCAGGGCAAAGCAGAUCCCAUCAACUCUGCCUUCCAUCUCACAUACAACAUGGUGCUAAAUCUCCUUCGAGUUGAGGAAAUCAACCCAGAAUACAUGUUGGAACGAAGCUUUUACCAGUUCCAAAAUCAAUCUUCAAUUCCCCAGAUAAUUGACAAGGUUAAAAACUGUGACGAGGUCCUGAAGAAAAUCGAAGUGCCUAGAGAAUCGGAAAUUGCUGCUUAUUAUAAACUCAGAGAGCACUUGAAGCAAAUGGGCGAACAGUUUCAGAAGUACUUGACUGAACCAAAAUACAUUGUUCCAUUUUUGCAACCUGGUCGUCUCAUCAAGGUGAAAAGUGGUGAGAAUGAAUUUGACUGGGGGGUUGUUGUAAACUUUUCCCGAAAGAGAAAAGAGGAAAAGAAAAAGAAGGUUGAAAACCCCUUGGCCACUCCCGACUAUGAAGUUGACGUGUUGCUUCAUGUUGAGAAGCCGCCUGAAUCCGCCAACGCAGAUCCCAUUCCUGCCAAAGAAGGAACCACUGGAUGCAUGGAAGUUGUUCCAAUCCUGCUUUGCGUCAUCCAGAAAAUCAGCUCUGUCCGACUUUAUCAUCCCAAGGAUCUGAAAGAUGCAGCCAAAAGGAAUGGAAUGCUGAAGACAGUUGAGGAGGUAAAGAAACGCUUCCCAGAAGGCGUUCCACUUUUGCAUCCAGUCAAGGACAUGAAGAUCAAAGACGAAGCUUUUGAUAAACUGAUCAACAACAUUGAAAUGUUUGAGAAGAGGCUGUACGAACAUACUCUUCACAAAGACCCUGAGUUAGAGACCCUGUACAAACAGUACAUAGACAAAUUGAAGGCUGAAGAUGAGUUCAAACUGGCUAAAAAGGAUCUAAAGGCUGCUAAAUCUCUUCUCCAAAUGGAAGAACUGAAGUGCCGAAAAAGAGUUUUGAGGCGUCUCGAGUACUGUAAUGCCGCCGAUGUUAUCGAAUUGAAGGGAAGAGUUGCCUGUGAGCUGAGCAGCGCUGAUGAAUUGCUUUUGACGGAAAUGAUUUUCCAUGGCAUGUUUGGUGAUCUCACUCCUCCUCAAUGUGUUGCUCUAUUGAGUUGCUUUGUCUGUGAUGAAAAGAGCAACGAGUCUUCGCAAAUGGCUGAAGAGCUGACAGGGCCUUUGAGAAAAAUGCAGGAACUGGCUAAAAGAAUUGCUUUAGUUUCUAAAGAAGCAAAACUUGACAUUGACGAAGAUCAAUAUGUUGAACAAUUCAAGCCCUAUCUUAUGGACGUCACAUUGGCUUGGUGCAAAGGUGCGUCAUUUGCACAGAUUUGCAAAAUGACAGACAUCUUUGAAGGGAGCAUUAUCAGGUGCAUGAGACGCUUAGAGGAGGCUUUACGACAAUGUGUACAAGCAGCAAAAACCAUUGGAAAUGCAGAACUUGAGGCAAAAUUCACUGAAGGCAUAAGAUUGCUCAAGAGAGACAUUGUGUUUGCAGCAAGUCUGUACUUGUAAAAAGUGCCAAAGUCUAAUAAAU